UUGUCCGUUUUCCCAUUUCUUCACAGAUCACCAUGGACGAAGUUGCACUUAGACUAACUGUCUUUGGCCUUCUGUUCACCUUUGCUAACUUGGCUGCUACAAUCAAGAAACAAGAUAUAGAUAUUUACAGCUUCCACAUUAACUCUACGGUCUCCAGUCGGUAUGCCAUUACAAUCAUCACAAGCCGUGUGACAAAUGUGUUGAAUCAGUCUCAAGAGGUCCAUUUCGAAGUCAAGAUUCCAAAGGAUGCCUUCAUCAGCCAAUUUAGAAUGACCAUAGAGGGAAAAACAUAUGAUGGGGUUGUGAAGGAAAAAGAAGAGGCUCAGCAGCAAUACAGUCAAGCGGUAUCUCGAGGACAAAGUGCUGGACUUGUCAGUGCUGUUGGAAGGACUUUAGAGGACUUUAAAACCUCAGUGACGGUGGCUGCUUUUAGUAAAGUGACCUUUGAGUUGACCUACGAGGAACUGCUAAAGCGUCGCCUCGGAAAAUAUGAGCUACUCAUCAAUGCCCAACCAAUGCAGCCGGUGGCUGACUUCAAGAUUGACAUACACAUCCAUGAGAAUCCAGGAAUUUCCUUCUUGGAGGUCAAAGGUGGUCUGAACACUAAGGAUCUGACCAAUGCAGUCACAACCAUCAGAUCAGACAAAGAUGCAUGGGUGAAGUUUUAUCCCACUCGAGAUCAGCAAACAAAGUGUGAUGACUGUAGUAAAAAUGGUCUUAAUGGCAACCUGAUCAUUGUGUAUGAUGCUGUGAGACAAAAACAAAGUGGAGAUCUGAUGGUCUCAAAUGAGUACUUCGUCCACUACUUUGCACCUACAGAUAUUCAGCGCAUUCCCAAAAAUGUGGUGUUUAUCAUUGAUGAAAGUGGCUCCAUGUUGGGCAAAAAAAUUGAGCAGACUCGUUUGGCUAUGCUGAGGAUUCUGAGUGACCUUGCUGAGAAUGACCACUUUGGAUUGAUCACGUUCAGUGGUCACUUUCAAACCUGGAAACCUGAACUCCUAAAAGCAACUGAAGGAAACGUCGAAGAAGCGAAGACGUUUGUGAGGAGAAUUAAGAGUGGAGGAAACACAGACAUAAAUGCUGCAGUGCUAAAAGCUGUGGACAUGAUUAAUAAAUACCCACAAGAGGGAUCCGCAUCCAUCCUGAUCCUGUUGACUGAUGGAGAUCCCAAAAAAGGUGAGACCAACCCAGAGAAGAUUCAAGAAAAUGUGAAAAAGGCUAUUGGUGAAAAAUUCCCUUUGUACAGUUUGGGAUUUGGGUUCGAUGUCAGCUUUGAGUUCCUGAAGAAAUUGUCUUUGGAAAAUAACGGUGUUGCUCACAGGAUCUAUGAAGAUUCUGAUGCCGAUCUACAGCUGCAGGGCUUCUAUGAGGAAGUGGCCAUCCCCCUCUUGACUGAUGUCCACCUUAACUACCAAGGGGUGGCCAAUUUGACCCAGUCCACUUUCCAACAGUACUACAAUGGUUCUGAGAUUGUGGUAGCUGGUCAGAUUACUAAUAACAGUUUGGAAAGUUUCACCACUGAGGUCAUUGCUUUAUCGAAAAGCACUAAGGUGGUAUAUCAGAGCAGUGGACCUACAGUGGACCUCAGUAGUGGCAGACCUGAACACGUGAAAAGAUUAUGGGCCUUUCUUACAGUGAAGCAGCUACUGGAGAAAAUGGUGUUUCUAGAAGGCCUGGAAAAAGACAAUGCAAAGAAACACAUCAUUGAUCUUUCUCUGAAGUACAAAUUUGUCACACCGCUUACAUCAAUGGUGGUUACCAAGCCCCAGGAUGAGGAAAUGCAAGUUGCCCACAAACCCGAAGAGGGAGAGAAGCCAAAAAGGCAUUCAUACGGAGCAAGAAGACAAAUGUUCGUGCCCAGUCAUCCAGUUAAUAGGAUUCUUGCCUCCAGCAGUGUAAAUCAACAUGGGGCGUGGGUAAGCGGAUUCUACACCAGGAGAGAGAAUCAGGAGACGAGCGCGUCCUGGGGAUCAAAUAAACGAAAGAGACCCAAAAUGCUGCGCCUAUUAACAAUGGGAGAUUCAUCAGCCAUAUUACAAUUACCAAGUAUGACUCAGAAACCUCUGACAACCUCUCCUCCAUUGUGGAGAAUUAGGAUCUUGAAAUCUUCUGGUAAUGCUAAGCCACUUUGUUAUGAUGUUCCUGUUGCUGAGAAAGUCAGACUCCAACAGAAUGUCCUAUCAGAGUUCUCUAUGAAUGGGCAACGUGAGUCAUUUGGAGGAGAAGGCUUCAGUCGAAUCUCCAUUCAUUACAAAACUAAUCACCAUCUGCUGCUCAGCACUAAUGAAAUUAACUACACCGAUGGGCAGGAAACUGUGAAGUUUUCAUGGGAGCAAGACCUCACCCACCAUGAGAGAGAAAACGUGUCUCUGAUUUUACGGAGAAAUGAAUUUGAUGUUACCAUGGGAAACAUCCGUGUUGCUAUUCUUCUUCAUAAAAAAGAUGGUGACAUUUUUCUGUGGCCUGCCAUAUGGCAACAACCAAAAGAUGUAGUUUUGAUGGGUAUAUUAGGAGAGGCUGAUAUUUCAUAUGAUGAGAUCCCAGGAUCACAAACACCAACUUUAAAGAUAAAGGACAAGGAAGUGAAGACAUCUUGGGUGAUGGUGAAGGACUACAGACUUGCUUCUGCUCCUGUGGUUGGAUGUUGGCUCGUACCAUUCCAGGCUCUCACACAGCGAGAGCUCUCGGACUUCACCGUCACUCAGCUGUAGAGUUCAGCAAAAAACAAACAAAAAAAGAUGAUCCAUUAUUGUGCUGACCUUUCCAAUGACAACAUAUUCUUUAUAUGGCGAUUAUUGAUUAAAUAGUUAUACAAUUUUCUUUUAAUGGCAAAUAGUAGGGGCAUGACCAAGUAAUUUUCAUAUUUAGCACGCUUUGAUUACCACGUCUGUUGCAUUGUCUCUGAAUGUUUCUGAAUGUGUUUUUCUUUGCUCACACAAAUACACCCGGGCUUUAAUGGGCAAACCAUGUAAUAAAAUAUCAGUUAAAAUUGCAAACCAAAAUGAUCUAUACAUAGUAACCCUUUGAUUGAUGCCUCUGUAAGCACUGAUUUUGAUAAUUGCUGGAAAUUAUGUAUUUCUUGUGGUCCUGUCUGAAAAUAUAUUAAAAGCACAACACCAA